CGCACGCCGCCGACGCCGCCACGGGAUCCCUCCGCGCGGGCGCGAGCACGCUGCCGUCCUCGUCGUUGCGAGCGCGGCCGCCCCCGGGGCCCUGAGGGCGGGGCUGUAGGGGCAAGUGCCAAAGCCGCUGAGUGAAGGGAGAAUUCCACUAGAGAGGAAAUGGCUGCGUCCUCAUCAUCCUCCUCGGCUGGAGGGGUCAGCGGAGGCUCUGUCACUGGGUCUGCUUUCAGCGUCUCAGACCUCGCCCCACCGCGGAAAGCCCUUUUCACCUACCCCAAAGGAGCUGGAGAAAUGUUAGAAGAUGGCUCUGAGAGGUUCCUCUGCGAAUCCGUUUUCAGCUAUCAAGUGGCAUCCACACUUAAACAGGUGAAACAUGAUCAGCAAGUUGCUCGGAUGGAAAAACUAGCUGGUUUGGUGGAAGAGCUGGAGGCGGAUGAGUGGAGAUUUAAACCCAUCGAGCAGCUGCUGGGGUUCACGCCUUCUUAAGGUUGACAUUGCCUCUGGAGCACAGCAGGUGGAGAGCCGCCAAGGGACUUUUCCUACAGCUUCCAUAGCCGUCCAGAGAGUCACUGCUACAUUGCUGAAUUGUUUAUUCACAUCCAUACUUGGCUUAUCUGUAUCUGUCUAUAAGCAACAAAUACUUAAAUGUGUGAUCUUGUAGGGAAAGUUUUUGUUUAUUUGUUUUAAAAAGUAUUGGGAAUCAGAUCAAGAUAGUCAGUGUCAGAGAAUCAGGAAGUUUGGGUUUAAGAGAUGUUUAUAAAACUUCUCAAGCCAGGUAGGCCACAUGCCAGAAUUGGCCAUCUGAAUGGCAUCUGUGUUGUCCACCCAGUGCCUGGAAAUCCUCCGUAGUCAAGACCAAGGUCAGGAUCUGUAAUUAUAAAAGACAGUACUUCUGACCUAAACCAGUUCUUUUUGCAGAUGAAUGUGAUUUCAACUCAGGACCUGUCUAAAUGAGGAAUUUUAAAAUGUGCUUGUUUUUUUCCUAUGUUUAUACAUCUAAUUCUAUAGUUUCUAGCUUUUUAUAACCUCUUCUAAACAUGGCAGAUGCUGGCAAAACGAAUUGCUUUUUGAAUAUUAGAGCACCGUAAGAAUAAAGCAGUGAGCAAAAUCCUUUUAAACAGAGAAAUCCUGAGUUCAUCUUGUUGGUGGGUUCAAGCAAUUCUGUAGCAAAUAAAUCCUUUGAAAGAGCACCCAAAUUAGUUUCUUUAUCCUUUCAAAGUCUCAGAGAUUUGGAUGGAGGAAGAUCAAAUUGCUUUUUAUAAUAAAGGAAUCCAAAAACUA